AUGAUCCUAGCUGAUUUUAGAUUGUUGUGGACAUGGGAUCGACUGCAACGAAGUCUUAUUUUUGUGCUAGUCUGCUCAUUAGUCUACCAUCACACUAAAAAUCCUGCUCUAUUCCGUCUUGCUGAUGGAAAUAGACGAGUUGUUGUUUAUGCAAUCGGAAAGAGAGUUGGAAUCGCUCUCACUCACUGGGAUCGGAUAGGAAUGGCGCUAAAACGAGAAUGCUGUAAGUCUUGUUCAUCUUGUCGUGCUAUUUCGGAAUUGAAGAUUGAGACGGACGAAGAUGUCGAGUUAGAACCGCGAGGAGCUGCAACUAACUCAGGAAUGGGAGAAAACGAAGCUUGCUCUUCGUUGAUUUGA